AUGAAGACUCUACAAGAUGAGAAAGGGCAAGGCACUCAGCGGCACAUGCGGCGCCGCAGCGGCGCAGCAGGACGCCUUUUGGUAGCGGCAUGCUGCGCAGCUGUCGUUGCCGUGGCCGUUAAUUCCCCCAGCCGCGCCGAUAGACGGCGAGAGAGGGAAGCAGAGCUCGAGCUCGAAGCCGAAGGAUUCACUGAGCUGGACGCAGAGCAGGAAUACCCUUUGGUAGCUGCAGGACGAUCAGCAAGUAGCCCAUCCACACAGGCCUUUCUCUCUUUGGAUGAGAAAGAUGGCCGGUUUUGUGGCAAAGAGGGGGAUCUCUGCAAGUGCUUUGGCAAAGUGCGCUACGGACGUCUUUUUUCUUGGUCCGGCGACCUCGUGGUCGAUGGCAGCGUGAACUGCUCCGCGGCUCUUUUUGGCGACCCCAUGCCGAUGGACAUCAAGAUUUGCAAGUGCUACCCGACAAUGUGUACGACACAAAUGGGCAUUUGCACGCCAGAGCCGUGCAUGUGUCCGACGUCUCGCGAUCCUGACAUGGAAUGGGAGAAGAAGACGCUCAUGACAGGCGAUGGCACGAAGUGCUGGGCCUGCGAGAAGAAGCGCGCCAGCACUGGCGUGGCAGAGGGUGGCAACUCCACCUACUGUCCCACACAGAUGGGCCGCUGCUCGUUGAAGAGGUCAUGCAAGUGCGAAGACCCUGCCGACAUCAAACGUGUCAUGCGGACGAAGAACGGCGAAAAGUGCUGGACCUGUGCUCCAGUGGGUGAGGGUAGGUCCAUGGGAAUGGACAGCGGUCAGAGAGCAAUGUUCUGGUUGCUGCCGCUGCUCUGGUCAUUCAUGGAUUGGCCCCAGUCUUUCUGGCAGGUCUGCAAUGGCGACAGGGCGCUUACGAUCUUUGCGGCUCUCUGUAUCAUCGGGUAUCUUCUACAGGUGUUUGCGCCUUUCCUGCGCCUCGACCGGUUUUUCUCCUUCUACGCACCGUGCAUGAAGAAGGGCGAAUUCUGGCGCUUCUUCACCUACUUCAUGCUGCACAGUGACUUGCAGCACCUGUGUGUGAACUUGUUCCACCUGAUGGACGCCCUGGAUCUUGAAGGGGUGCCGGACCUUGAAGUCAGCCCCGGUGUGCCCCUGAAGUGCACCCGUGAUGGGCCUGUCGCCUCCAUAUGCUACCCGGAUAUUGGCAUCGGGGCGAACAAUAUUGUGGGUAUCAUGGCCACGGUGCUUGCAUUCGGCGCCUUGGUGGGCACGAUGAAGAACUUCGGAGCCCUAGUCCAGGGAGCGAGUUCAGUUUGCUUCGGUGUAGACGGUGCUCUCAUUGCAUUGUACGGCGUCUUCCUGGGUGCUGGGCUAGAUGAGCAGCUGCGGAUCCCACAGUUCGGCGCGUUCUUUUGGAUGCGCAUCGGAAUCAUCGCAUUCCACAUCAUUAUUGACAUUGUCCAGAGCCUCUGUGGUUCUGGCAAGGAUACAGUAGGCACCGUCGCCCAUAUGGCAUCUCUUGUUGCAGGCUUUUGCUACGUCAUCCUGUUUCUGCCACCGAUGGGUGAUGGGAGCUUCUUUGGAAGCGAUCGGCCGUAUAUCGUCAACUGCGGCAUGACAAGUCCGAAGUAUGUCACUUUGGACGAAGCAACGACGCACUGUUUGGCCUUCUUCAGAAGGAGCAAUGGCAUUGAGAUCAACACUGCACAAAACAUAGCAGGCACCGUGCUGAUUGCUGGCGUUGUAGUCGCUAUCGUGAACGCAAUCCAUAAGCGUGACAUCACUGACGAUGGAAUCGCCGUGUUUUCAUGCGGAGACUCCCAGAAGCCACAGAAGGGAGCUGUCCGCGACGACAAGACAACAGAGUUGGACAGUGAGAUCACUGGCAGGGAGAAGGUCCUGGGUGACAUCAAAGAUACGGUCUCUUUCUUGCAGCGCUUCCACACUAACCUUUCCAAGGUGGUACUGCGACCUCAGGCGAGGAAGCGUGUUGGUGACCCGAAAGUGCCCAUCUGGCAAAGUCAAACAGAGCCGUCCUUCCAGGGCGAUAUGAGAACACGCUUUCGCUUUCGGAUUUCGGCUCAGAUCCGCUGCCACUGCAUCAUGGCCUCCGUACAGGGCUGCCUGUUCCUGGCCUUGGCCGGGCCCCACAUGCCGAGGGCCAUGUAUCCAAGUGUCAAGGUGAAGCCAUAUGGGCCAGAAGCAUUCUCGGGCGUGCCGAGCGAAAGUAGUCCUGACGAGAAGGGCGUCAUCACCUUGCUGCAGGAAUUCGUCCAGACCUCCCCGAGCUUUCGCAUUCCGCAGGGCAUGCCGGCGCUCCAGUGGAAUUACGAUGUGAAAUUGACCAAGACUUCGAAGUCUCGAUUCCGGGCUCGUCUGGCGUUCUUGCUCGACGGCAUCCCUCACCAUGUCCUUGGUGCAUGGGACAGCUCCAAGAAGAAUGCCCAAAGAGAGCUGGCCGACAGUUGCCUGAAAUUCUUCAUAGGGGCGUGGAGUGCACUUUUGCUUCAGGAAGGCAGUAUGCAGGUUCUCAAGCCUGUCACGCCCGAGCACGGAUGCGUGCGCAUGGAAGCCUGCGUGGACACGAUCUUCAGCCAGUACUGCCAGAGCUUCCUGGACGCACCUCCCAGCUGGAGUGUGGAGGUCGAAUGCCCCACAGGCGAGUCAGCCAGCAUAGGCUACAAGGCGCUAGUACAGCUGCAGCUCUUGGGUGUUCCGCACACAUUCGCCGGACGGCUUUGCAGAACGCCACAGGACGCCAAGACAGACACCGCUAAGCGAGUGCUGUGGUACCUGCAAUGCCCAGGUUUUGAAGAUCUUUUCGAGCUGGACCCGGACGCAUUUGAGUGUAGAGACAAGCUCCCCAUGCCUUCACCUCAGUGGAGUCCAUGGAAGUUGCAGUCUCAACCGAACUUUCCUGCAGAACCUGGUCACAGCUCCACGCGCCUUUCGGGUUGGUAG